GUCCGGCGUUUGGCAACCCUUCGAAUGAAGCAAACUCGUCUCUACAGGUACUUCUCACCACAUGUGCCCCAGGCUCGAGUCUCGUCUGGUCUAAGCCUCACUUGCAAUUCGGCCAUGUCCUUUCAGAGGAAGGAUAAAACACAGUCAACUUCGCCUCAUCGCACACAGCACCAUUUUGAGCCAGCUUCACUGGCCAGACGUUUCGCUAUUUCGGCUGUUCAGCACUCUUUCACAUCUCCCCGCCCAAAUCUCCACGACGCCAAGGCUACGACGGAUCCGGGACUGCGGACUCGGACUCAUGGGCCGACUACUGCUCAACCGAAACAGAAGGGUGCUAGGGUCGACGCUUUCAGCAGUUCCCGAAGCCAUGACCAUCCAAUGUUUCAUCCACUCGCACAUCAACCGGACAGUCUAUCCAUCCAUAUCCGUACAUUUCUCCUUGUUUGUGAGGCUGGAUGGCAACCAGAGACUGGAGUUGCGAGGGCAGAGGCCGGCGAAGAUAGACGGAACGCGAAAGCCCAUUCCGCCCAGCCGACUUUCGAGGAGCAUCUUCAUCCAGAAUCCCGUACAUUCAGUUACUCGUGUUUUUCUCCACACAUGCACACAUGCACGUCUUUCGACCUACCUAUCGCUCUUUACCACUUUGGCACUUGCCUCACUUGGUGUCCAAUGGCUUUAUGUCGUUUUCACAUCUUCUGUCUGAGUGACCGGUACCAGCGAUCUGGUCGAGCAAAUCCAUUCAAACUGUGGACACUGGAAGGCGUCUCAACCGAGCUUCCAGUGACUCAUCGACGGCCGUCGACCGGAGACGUGGGCAACCCCGCUUCCAGGCCGCACUCCAUUGGCCGCGCAUUCAACACUCACUCGAUCCCCCUCGUAGGGCUAGUCGACCUUUCCUCUGCUCCCAUGGCCAAGGCCCCGAGCCACGAGCCACGACUCGCAUUCCCUUACUCAUUAUGA